CUCUAUCCCCGUUUGGAACUCACUGCUACCAGUCGGUAUCUUAAUGCUUAUCUGCAGUGUUGGUUGCAAGGAGGAUGCAAUGGGAGUCUAGGAGGUGUUGCACCAAGGUCAAUGCAGCAUCCACUCUAAAAAGCACCGAAAACAUAACACCGCGGAUUUUAUUCGCUUUCGUACAAGUGUGCUGAAAGCGAGAGGACCGUGAAGCGUUUUGAAGACGCGUUAGCCAGGGCUGAAAGUUGAUGCCUUUUUCUCGCUUUUUUUUGUAGUGUAUAUAACGUUAGUGAGGCAACUAGCAAGCCAUCCUUCUCCAUUCGUAGCUCUCCGCAUGUCUGUGGACUACCUUUUCUCAAUUCGGAUGCACCGCGUUUCUGUUGGAGCGAAUAUCCAGACGGUCUUCCACCAGCUGGGUGGUAUCAGGAGUGUUCGCUGACUAACUUGAUGUCGGAAAGAACUUGGGUUUAGCAGCAGUGUAGCUUUGCUAUUGUACACGAGUUGUGCUGGACAUUUAGCUAGCUAGGUUUGUCUCUGCAAGCUCUUCCAUCAGUAAUAUUUGCAAUGUCAGCGCCAUCCUCCACGCCUCCCACUCAGGAAGAGAACCAGGCGCCAGAAAAUGAGGGACUGACCGUGGAUACAGGUUUGAAGCCCGCCGGCCCGACACCCAGCCCGAGUCGGUUCCAGGUGGACCUAGUGGCUGAAGCAGCCAGCGCCGCUGAUAAAACGCCCAGCUCGGAUUCCACGCUCGCAUCUGGCGACAAAGCCAACCCCGAAGGUUCGGCGCCAGCGGCGGGUGGUGAGGCAAAAGGCCGGUUCCGAGUGGUGAACUUUAUGGAUCCCAGUGGAGCGAGCCCACCAGAAGUAGUGCCCGCUGAAGGUUUCCAGAAUGGAGACACCGUAAUGAGCGAGGGCAGCCUGCAUUCUUCGACAGGAGGCCAGCAUCACUACCACUACGACACCCAUACAAACACCUAUUACCUGAGGACUUUUGGCCACAACACCAUCGAUGCUGUGCCUAACAUUGAUUUCUACCGGCAAAGUGCUGCUCCGCUGGGGGACAAGCUGAUAAGACCCACCCUUUCGGAGCUGCACGACGAACUUGACAAGGAGCCAUUUGAGGAUGGCUUCGCCAACGGGGAUGAGCUGACACCGGCCGAGGAGGCCGCAGCCAAGGAGGCGGCCGAGCCUAAGGGAGCGGUCAAGUUCGGGUGGAUCAAAGGGGUGCUGGUGCGCUGCAUGUUGAACAUUUGGGGCGUGAUGCUCUUCAUCCGCAUGUCAUGGAUCGUGGGCCAGGCGGGAAUUGUUCUCUCCUGUGUGAUUGUUCUCAUGGCAACAGUUGUGACCACCAUCACCGGCCUUUCGACCUCAGCGAUUGCGACUAACGGCUUUGUACGAGGAGGAGGGGCAUAUUAUUUGAUAUCCAGAAGUUUGGGGCCAGAGUUUGGCGGCUCCAUUGGUCUGAUCUUUGCCUUUGCCAACGCUGUGGCUGUCGCCAUGUACGUGGUGGGCUUCGCAGAGACGGUUGUGGAGCUCCUCGGAAGCGUGGAUUGCAUCAUGACGGAUGAGAUCAAUGACAUCCGAAUCAUCGGCACCAUCACCGUCAUCCUUCUCCUGGGUAUCUCCUUGGCAGGAAUGGAAUGGGAAGCUAAGGCUCAGAUAUUCCUGCUGGUCGUUCUGAUUACGGCCAUCUUCAACUACUUCAUUGGCUCCUUGGUCCCACUCAAGUCCAAGGAGUCGCAGGGCUUCUUUGGCUACGACAGUGCGAUUAUGAUGGAGAACAUGUGUCCGGACUUCCGAGGCACAGAGUCGUUUUUCUCCGUCUUUGCCAUCUUCUUCCCUGCAGCCACUGGCAUUCUGGCUGGCGCCAACAUAUCAGGAGAUCUUUCUGACCCACAACUGGCCAUUCCAAGAGGAACACUCUUAGCCAUUCUGAUCACUGGCAUUGUCUACCUGGCGGUCGCCAUUUCUACUGGCUCUUGCAUUGUGAGAGAUGCCACAGGAAACGGCAAUGACACACUCGGCGCACAGUUCAUGGCCAACUGCACCGACGCCGCCUGCAAGUUUGGCUAUGACUUCUCCUCCUGCAAGGGUAAAGACGGCCAGUACAACUGCAGAUACGGACUCCAGAACGACUUCCAGGUCAUGAGCAUCGUGUCCGGGUUCGGCCCCAUCAUCACUGCCGGAAUCUUCUCCGCCACUCUGUCCUCUGCCCUGGCUUCUCUGGUCAGCGCCCCCAAAGUGUUCCAGGCUCUAUGCAAAGACAACAUCUACCCCGGCCUUGAGAUGUUCGCCAAGGGGUAUGGCAAGAACAACGAGCCCCUUCGCGGCUACAUCCUCACCUUCUGCAUCGCUCUGGCCUUCAUCCUCAUCGCCCAGUUGAACAUUAUCGCUCCCAUCAUCUCCAACUUCUUCCUGGCCUCCUACGCUCUCAUCAACUUCUCUGUAUUCCACGCCUCUCUGGCCAACUCUCCAGGGUGGCGCCCCAGCUUCAAGUUCUACAACAUGUGGGUGUCCCUGGCUGGCGCUGUGCUGUGCUGCGUGGUCAUGUUCGUCAUCAACUGGUGGGCAGCCCUGGUGACCAACGUUAUUGUCAUGGGCCUCUACAUCUACGUGAGCUACAAGAAGCCCGAUGUGAACUGGGGCUCCUCGACCCAGGCUCUGACAUACCACCAGGCCCUGACCCACAGUCUGCACCUCAGCAGUGUUGAGGACCACAUCAAGAACUUCAGACCCCAGUGCUUGGUGAUGACGGGAUACCCCAACUCCCGUCCGGCUCUGCUCCACCUGGUCCACGCCUUCACCAAGAACGUGGGCCUGAUGAUCUGCGGCCAUGUGCGCACGGGCUCCAGAAGGCCCAACUUCAAAGAGCUGUCCAACGACCAGACGCGUUACCAGCGCUGGCUGCUGAAAAACGAGACCAAGGCUUUCUACACCCCUGUGUUUGCCGACGACAUGAGACAGGGCACCCAGUAUCUGUUACAGGCUGCCGGACUGGGUCGCCUGAGGCCCAACACUCUGGUGAUUGGCUACAAGAGUGACUGGAGGGACGGAGACAUGAUGAACGUGGAGACCUACAUCCACAUGAUUCACGAUGCCUUUGACUUCCAGUACGGUUCCGUGGUCCUCAGACUGAAGGAGGGACUGGACGUAUCCCAUAUCUCAGAACAAGAUGACCUGCUGUCGUCGCAGGAGAAGACGUCAGGGAUGAAGGAUGUGGUGGUGUCCAUCGACAUGAAGGACUCUGACGGAGACUCGUCCAAGCCUUUUUCCAAGGCCACCAGUGUUCAGAACAGCCCAGCCAUUCAGAAAGGACGGGAACACUCUUCAGCUCUGAAGGAGCAGGAAGGUUGGUCACCUAAUUUUUUACAACUUCACAUUGAGAUAUGGAAAAUUAGGCAUUUGUGAAAUCACAAUGUGAACGUGCUGUUUUGGCUCUUGAGGAAGGGGUUUCAGAAUUCUGAAAGCAGUUUACCGCCACACGCUGAUCCCCCUCUAGAUCUCUCAAAGGCCUCCCUUAAGCUUCUCCAGCCAGUAACUAGGCUACACUGAGUGGCGGGCCUGUAAACACACACUUGUGCAUGUACACACACAUACACGAAAACAUCUCAUGCAUGUACAGUUGUGGCCAAAAGUUUUGAGAAUGACACAAAUAUUAAUUUUCACAGUCUGCUGUCUCAGUUUGUAUGAUGGCAAUUUGCAUAUACUCCAGAAUGUUAUGAGGAGUGAUCAGAUGAAUUGCAAUUGCAAAGUCCCUCUUUGCCAUGCAAAUGAACUGAAUCCACAAAAAACAUUUCCACUGCAUUUCAGCCCUGUCACAAAAGGACCAGCUGACAUCAUGUCAGUGAUUCUCUCGUUAACACAGGUGUGAGUGUUGACGAGGACAAGGCUGGAGAUCACUCUGUCAUGCUGAUUGAGGUCGAAUAACAGACUGGAAGCUUCAAAAGGAGAGUGGUGCUUGGAAUCAUUGUUUUUCCUCUGUCAACCAUGGUUACCUGCAAGGAAACACAUGCCGUCAUCAUUGCUUUGCACAAAAAGUAAGUAAGUAAGAUUGCGCCUAAAUCAACCAUUUAUCGGAUCAUCAAGAAAUUCAAGGAGAGCAGUUCAAUUGUUGUGAAGAAGGCUUCAGGGCACCCAAGAAAGUCCAGCAAGCGCCAGGACCGUCUCCUAAAGUUGAUUCAGCUGCGGGAUCGGGGCACCACCAGUACAGAGCUUGCUCAGGAAUGGCAGCAGGCAGGUGUGAGUGCAUCUGCACGCACAGUGAGGCGAAGACUUCUGGAGGAUGGCCUGGUGUCAAGAAGGGCAGCAAAGAUGCCACUUCUCUCCAGGAAAAACAUCAGGGACAGACUGAUAUUCUGCAAAAAGUACAGGGAUUGGACUGCUGAGGACUGGGGUAAAGUCAUUUUCUCUGAAUCCCCUUUCCUAUUGUUUGGGGCAUCUGGAAAAAAGCUUGUCCGGUAAAGACAAGGUGAGCGCUACCAUCAGUCCUGUGUCAUGCCAACAGUAAAGCAUCCUGAGACCAUUCAUGUGUGGGGUUGCUUCUCAGCCAAGGGAGUGGGCUCACUCACAAUUUUGCCUAAGAACACAGCCAUGAAUAAAGAAUGGUACCAACACAUCCUCCGAGAGCAACUUCUCCCAACCAUCCAGGAACAGUUUGGUGACGAACAAUGCCUUUUCCAGCAUGAUGCCAUAAGGCAAAAGUGAUAACUAAGUGGCUCGGGGAACAAAAUAUCAAUAUUUUGGGUCCAUGACCAGGAAACUCCCCAGAUCUUAAUCCCAUUGAGAACUUGUGGUCAAUCCUCAAGAGGCAGGUGGAGAAACAAAAAAAUUCUGACAAACUCCAAGCAUUGAUUAUGCAAGAAUGGGCUGCCAUCAUUCAGGAUGUGGCCCAGAAGUUAAUUGACAGCAUGCCAGGGCGGAUUGCAGAGGUCUUGAAAAAGAAGGGUCAACACUGCAAAUAUUGACUAUUUGCAUCUACUUCAUGUAAUUGUCAAUAAAAGCCUUGUAAUUAAACUUCAGUAUUCCAUAGUAACAUCUGACAAAAAUAUCUAAAGACACUGAAGCAUCAAACUUUGUGGAAAUUAAUAUUGGUGUCAUACUCCAAACUUUUGGCCCCGACUGUAUACACAUCUGCUCACACACAGAUGGCUUCAACGUUGUGUCUGUCUGCUGCCUCCUUAAACUGUGGGCAAAUAAACAGGGGAACUGUUCCCACAUGUCUUACGGACAGGCUGGGAACUUCAGUUGAUUCCCGACACGGAAUUGUAUUUAUGACACACACGUCACGUUUAAUUGUUUCCUCCCGUAGGGAGUCCCAUGUCCGUGACCCUGUGGGUAGGCCUGGGCGAUAUGGCCUAAAAAUAAUAAUAUAGAUUUUUUUCAGACCUAUGGACGAAUAACAUAAUUGUAUUUAUUUAACUAGUCAAGUCGGUUAAGAACAAAUUCUUAGUUACAAUGAUGGCCUACCCCGGCCAAACCCGGACGAUGCUGGGCCAAUUGUGGGCCGCCCUAUGGGACUCCCAAUCACAGCCGGAUGUGAUACAGCCUGGAUUCGAACCAGGGACUGUAGUGGCGCCUCUUGCACUGAGAUGCAGUGCCUUAGACCAAAUAAGAAUUUGUUCUUAACUGACUUGCCUAGUUAAAUAAAUAAAACAGCCUUAUUCUAAAAAUGAUUCAACAGUUUUUUUCCCUCAAUCUACACACAAUAACCCAUAAUGACAAGUAAAAACAGGUUUUUAGAAAAUGUUGCUAAUUUAUAGAACAAAAUAUUAAUCUGAAAUAUGACAUUCACAUAAGUGUUCAGACCCAUUACAUUUGUUGAAGUAUAACUUUAGUACGUCCCCUCGCCCCGACCUCGGGCGCGAACCAGGGACCCUCUGCACACAUCAACAACUGACACCCACGAAGCGUCGUUACCCAUCGCUCCACAAAAGCCGCGGCCCUUGCAGAGCAGGGUGAAACCCUACUUCAUGUUUGAGCAAGUGACGUAAUCGAUUGAAAUGCUAUUAGCGCGUACCCGCUAACUAGCUAGCCAUUUCACAUCCGUUACACUCACCCCCCUUUCAACCUCCUCCUUUUCCGCAGCAACCAGUGAUCCGGGUCAACAGCAUCAAUGUAACAGUACAACUUUAAAACGUCCCCUCGCCCCGACACGGGCGCGAACCAGGGACCCUCUGCACACAUCAACAACGGUCGCCCACGAAGCAUCGUUACCCAUCGCUCCACAAAGGCCACGGCCCUUGCAGAGCAAGGUGAAACCCUACUUCAGGUCUCAGAGCAAGUGACGUAAUCGAUUGAAAUGCUAUUAGCGCGUACCCGCUAACUAGCUAGCCAUUUCACAUCCGUUACAAAAGCACCUUUGGCAGCGAUUACAACCUCAAGUCUUCUUGGGUAUGACGCUACAAGCUUGGCACACCUGUAUUUGGGGAGUUUCUUCCAUUCUUCUCUGCAGAUGCUCUCAAGCUCUGUCAGAUUUGAUGGGGAGCGUUGCUGCGCAGUGAUUUUUUAGAGACUUGUCCCGAAGCCACUCCUGCGAUGUCUUGGCCGUGUACUUAUUGUCAUUGUCCUGUUGGAAGAUGAACCUUCGCCCCAGUCUGAGGUCCUGAGCGCUCUGAAGCAGGUUUUCAUCAAGGAUCUCUCUGUAUUUUGCUCCGUUCAUCUCGAUCCUAACUAGUCUCCCAGUCCCUGCUGCUGAGAAAAAUCCCCACAGCAUGAUGCUGCCACCACCAUGCUUCACAAUAGGGAUGGUGCCAGGUUUCCUCCAGACGUGACGCUUGGCAUUCAGGCCAAAGAGUUCAAUCUUGGUUUCAUCAGACCAGAGAAUCUUGUUUCUCAUGGUCAGAGUCCUUUAGUUGCCUUUUGGCAAACUCCAAGCGGGCUGUCAUGUGCCUUUUUAAUGAAGAGUGGCUUCUGUCUGGCCACUCUACCAUAAAGGCCUGAUUGGGGGAGUUUUGCAGAGAUGGUCAUCCUUCUGGAAGGUUCUCCCAUCUCCACAGAGGAACUCUAGAGCUCUGUCAGAGUUACCAUCGGGUUCUUGGUCACCUCCCCGAUAGUUCAGUUUGGCUGGGCGGCCAGCUCUAGGAGAAUCUUGGUGUUUCCUAUCGUCUUCUAUUUAAGAAUGAUGGAGGCCACUGUGUUCUUGGGGACCUUCAAUCCUGCAGAAAUGUUUUGGUACCCUUCCCCAGAUCGGUGCCGCGACACAGUCCUCUCUCAGAGCUCUAUGGACAAUUCCUUUGACCUCAUGGCUUGGUUUUUGCUCUGACAUGCACUGUCAACUGUGGGACCUUAUAUAGACAGGUGUGUGCCUUUCCAAAUCAUGUCCAAUCAAUUGAAUUUACCACAGGUGGACUCCAAUGAGGUUGUAGAAACAUCAAGGAUGAUCAAUGGAAACAGGAUGCACCUGAGCUCAACUUCAAGUCUCAUAGAAAAGGGUCUGAAUACAUUAUUUUUUAGAUACCUAUUUUAUACCAAAAUGUCAAACAACCUGUUUUCGCUUUGUCAUUAUGUGGUAUCAAAUCAAAUUUUAUUUGUCACAUACACAUGGUUAGUAGAUGUUAAUGCGAGUGUAGCAAAAUGCCUGUGCUUCUAGUUCCGACCAUGCAGUAAUAUCUAACCUAACAAUUUCACAACAACUACCUUAUACACACAAGUGUAAAGGAAUGAAUAAUAAUAUGUACAUAAAAAUAUAUGAAUGAGCGAUGGCCGAACGGCAUAGGCAAGAUGCAGUAGAUGGUAUAGAGUACAGUAUAUACAUAUGAGAUGAGUAAUGUAGAGUAUGCAAACAUUUUAUAAAGUGGCAUUGUUUAAAGUGGCUAGUGAUACAUGUAUUACAUACAUUUUUCCUUAUUAAAGUGGCUAGAGACGAGUCAGUAUGUUGGCACCAGCCACUCAAUGUUAGUGAUGGCUGUUUAACAGUCUGAUGGCCUUGAGAUAAAAGCUGUUUUUCAGUCUCUCGGUCCCCGCUUUGAUGCACCUGUACUGACCUCGCCUUCUGGAUGAUAGCGAGGUGAACAGGCAGUGCCUCGGGUGGUUGUUGUUCUUGGCCUUCCUGUGACAUCGGGGGGUGUAGGUAUCUCUCGAUUGUGCAUCUGUAAAGGUUUAUGAGUGUUUUUGGUGACAAGCCAAAUUUCUUCAGCCUCGUGAGGUUGAAGAGGCGCUGCUGCGCCGCCUUCACCACGCUGUCUGUGUGGGUAGACCAUUUCAGUUUGUCCGUGAUGUGUACGCAGAGGAACUUAAAAAUUUCCACCUUCUCCGCUACUGUCCCGUCGAUGUGGAUAGGGGGCUGCUCCCUCUGCUGUUUCCUGAAGUCCACGAUCAUCUCCUUUGUUUUGUUGACAUUGAGUGUGAUGUUAUUUUCCUGACACCACACUCCGAGGGCCCUCACCUCCUCCCUGUAGGCCGUCUCGUCGUUGUUGGUAAUCAAGCCUACCACUGUAGUGUCGUCUGCAAACUUGAUGAUUGAGUUGGAGGCAUGCAUGGCCACGCAGUCGUGGGUGAACAGGAAGUACAGGAGAGGGCUGAAAAUGAACCCUUGUGGGGCCCCAGUGUUGAGGAUCAGCGGGGUGGAGAUGUUACCUACCCUCACCACCUGGGGGCAGCCCGUCAGGAAGUCCAGGACCCAGUUGUACAGGGCGGGGUCGAGACCCAGGGUCUCGAACUUAAUGACGAAUUUGGAGGGUACUAUGGUGUUAAAUGCUGAGCUGUAGUCGGUGAACAGCAUUCUUACAUAGGUAUUCCUCUUGUCCAGAUGGGUUAGGGCAGUGUGAUUUGCGAUUGCGUCGUCUGUGGACCUAUUGGGGCGGUAAGCAAAUUGGAGUGGGUCUAGGGUGUCAGGUAGGAUGGAGGUGAUAUGAUCCUUGUCUAGUCUCUCAAAGCACGUCAUGAUCACGGAAGUGAGUGCUACGGGGUGAUAGUCAUUUAGCUCAGUUACCUUAGCUUUCUUGGGAACAGGAACAAUGGUGGCCCUCUUGAAGCAUGUUGGAACAGACUGGGAUAAGGAAUGAUUGAAUAUGUCCGUAAACACACCAGCCAGCUGGUUUGCGCAUGCCCUGAGGACGCGGCUGGGGAUGUCGUCUGGACCGGCAGCCUUGCGAGGGUUAACACGUUUGAAUGUUUUACUCACGUUGGCUGCAGUGAAGGAGAGCCUGGUUUUCCUUUUGUAGUCCGUGAUUGACUGUAGACCCUGCCACAUACCUCUCGUGUCUGAGCCCUUGAAUUGCGACUCUACUUUGUCUCUAUACUGACGCUUAGCUUGUUUGAUUGCCUUGUGGAGGGAAUAGCUACACUGUUUGUAUUCGGUCAUGUUUCCGGUCACCUUGCCCUGAUUAAAAGCAGUGGUUCGCGCUUUCAGUUUUGCACGAAUGCUGCCAUCAAUCCACUUUUUCUGGUUGGGGAAUGUUUUAAUAGAUGCUGUGGGUACAACAUCACCGAUGCACUUGCUAAUAAACUCACUCACCAAAUCAGCGUAUUCAUCAAUGUUGUUGUCCGACGCUAUGCAGAACAUAUCCCAGUCCCCGUGAUCGAAGCAAUCUUGAAGCGUGGAAUCCGAUUGGUCGGACCAGCGUUGAACAGACCUGAGCACGGGCGCUUCCUGUUUUAUUUUCUGUCUUUAGGCUGGGAGCAACAAAAUGGAGUCGUGAUCAGAUUUUCCGAAAGGAGGGCGGGGUAGGGCUUUAUAUUCGGCGCGGAAGGUAGAACAACAAUGAUCCAGGGUUUUGCCAGCCCGGGUCGCGCAUUAGAUAUGCUGAUAAAAUUUAGGGAGCCUUGAUUUCAGAUUAGCCUUGUUAAAAUCCCCAGCUACAAUAAAUGCAGCCUCAGGAUAUGUGGUUUCCAGUUUACAUAGAGUCCAAUGAAGUUCUUUCAGGGCCGUCGAGGUGUCUGCUAGGGGGGGAUAUACACGACUGUGAUUAUGAUAGAAGAGAAUUCUCUUGGUAGAUAAUGCGGUCGGUAUUUGAUUGUAAGGAAUUCUAGGUCAGGUGAACAAAAGGACUUGAGUUCCUGUAUGUUGUUAUGAUCACACCACGUCUCGUUAAUCAUAAGGCAUACCAUACCCUCCCUUCACCCUUCUUCUUACCAGAGAGAUGUUUGUUUCUGUCGGCGCGAUGCAUGAAGAAACCGGGAGGCUGUACCGACUGAUAACGUAUCCCGAGUGAGCCAUGUUUCAGUGAAACAAAGAACGUUACAAUCUCUGAUAUCUCUCUGGAAGGCAACCCUUGCUCGGAUUUCGUCUACCUUGUUGUCAAGAGACUGGACAUUGGCGAGUAGUAUGCUCGGGAGCGGUGCGCCCGUCUACGGAGCCUGACCAGAGUUGACGUUGCUCUUAUAUCCAAAUAUGUGUAGAUUGCUGAGUUAAAAAAAUAUAUAUUUAUCAAUUUUAGAAUAAGGCUGUAACGUAACAAUAUGUGGAAAAAGUCAAGAAAGCAUUCAGACCUCUUAAGGCACCGUAUAGUACUUUAAAGUAUUUUUACUUAAGUAGUAUUUUGGGGUAUCUGUAAUUUACUAUUUACUUUGACAACUUUUACUUCACUACAUUCCUAAAGAAAAUAAUGUACUUUUUACUCUAUACAUUUUCCCUGACACCCAAAAGUACUCAUUACAUUUUGAAUGCUUAACAGAACAGGACAAUUGUCCAAUUCACUCACUUAUCAAGAGAACAUCCAUGGUCAUCCCUACUGCCUCUGAUCUGGCAGACUCAUUAAACACAAAUGCUUCAUUUGUAAAUGAUGUCUGAGUGUUGGAGUGUGCCCCUGGCUAUCAGUAAAAAAAAAAUAUAUAUAAUAUAAGGAAUUUUAAAUGAUUUACACUUUUACUUUUGAUACUUAAGUACAUUUUAACAAUUCCAUUUACUUUUGAUACUUAAGUAUAUUUAAAACCAAAUAGUUUGACUUUUACUCAAGUAGUAAUUUAGUGGGUGACUUUACUUGAGUCAUUUUCUAUGAAGUUGUCUUUUACUUUUAUUCAAGUAUGACAAUUGAGUACUUUUUCCAUCACUGUACUUCACUCACAUUUUAGAUGCUUUUCAUUGACUGCCGCAACUCAAACGGCCAAGUUGAGGAAUUCCCUAAUAAUCCUCUGUGGUGAAGUAUUUUGAAAAAAUCUUAGUCAGUUUCUGUAGAGACAGGAGUAAUUACAUCAUUUUGGCAAAUGUAUGUCCAUUCACUCCCCUAUUGGACCCACCGCUAUGCCAUUUCUCUCCUGCUCUAUUGGUUUUCGUAUCAACUUUCUUUCGUUGUCCAGAAGCCAAAGGCACAAUCCUUGUCAUAUUAGCAACCCAUCCUAGUUGUUGCAUUGUCCGAUUUUUCUAACAGAGAAGUUACUAACUGAGAUUUGUGUCUGUCACACAUGGAAACUUGGCGGAACUUAAAACUAUAAAGCUAUAAACACUGGCUUCGCUAACUUGGCGUGUCCCAAGAGCUCAUCCACUACUAAGGCAGUGGUGGAGUUUUCCGAUGACCCAAUUUCUAACCAUUGCCUGGAUUCAACAUUUCUUUCCCUGAGGGACCCCAAGUGUGUGUGCUUGUGUGUUGCCGCUGAUGCCUUUUCCAUUGGAGCCCCAUUCCAUCUCGUUUUGGCGCAGGGAUAAAUGACACAGCGGUCCACCUGACACCCCGCCCCCAGAACAGACCCCUCAUUGUAGCCGUGCUAUUGACGCAUGUUUCCCAUCAUGGCGACAGCAGCAAAAACGUUAACCUCUCCGUUCUCUCUCGCUCUUUUUUUCUUCUUUCCCUCCCCCCUUUUUUU